GGACCGUUGUUAAGCAGGAGAUUAUUUUCUCUGCUACACCGGUUUUUACCCCAAACCUUUCCAACAUUUCUCGUGAUUCAGAUUUGUUUUUAUGUUUUCAUUUUAGUUUUUGAAGCCUUUACCGAUCCUUUCGAACCCUUCCUAACCUCUCCUCCUUUCCAACCGAAAAUGGAAAACUCCAAAUUGCUCAUCAUUCGACAACUUUCACCAUAAUAACUGACAAAACAAUUCAUUUUCUCUCAUCACCAAAACCAAAUUCUUUUAAUAUUUAAAAAAAAGAAAACAAAAACAAAAACAAAAAAACUGAAUUUGUGAUCGAAAAUUUGUUGAUUUUUAAUUUACACCAAACUCAAACCCCAACCACUGUGAUUUAACUUCUUGUUUCUCUUUUAUUUCCCGAUCGAUGUAAGCAAUUCAUGAAUUUGUUUUAUAGCAGAGAACUUGUUUUGAAAAACAGAAACUUUUAAUACUUUUAAUAUUUAAUUCUAUCACAAUCUUCUCUUCAACUUUUUUCUCUCAUUGUCUCAUUCAUUUCUCUCUCUCUCUCUCUCUCAUUAAACUCUUCUCUUUCUCAUUUCCUUCUUUCAUUCUUUAUAAUAUUUGAAGAUAAUUGUCCAGAAACAAACUGUUCUUUAAAAAUCACUUUAAAAUGGUUUGAUUAUCGGCAGAAACACCAGACACUCACCCACCCCCACACAUACAUUCACAUCGUCACAUUUUUUAAAAUUUUUAUUUCUGUCUUCACACCCACAUUUUAACUUUUAGUGCCUAUCUUGUGUGCAUCCCGAGUGUAACUGCUUCAGUGUGGAUUCUUAAAACUCUUCAUAAACGACAUCAAACACCCGACAUCGACAUCAACCACACCCAGCUUUUUUAUAAAUUUCCAGUUGAAGAUUAGGGUAACCAGAUAUUUAAAAAAAAAAAAAAUUUUUUAAAUCAACAAAAAAUAAUUGAAAGCAUAAAAUAUUAACAAAAAAUACAAAUAAACAAACCAAAAUGAGUGUAGAUUCUUACGAGAUUACCGCAAUGAAGACCAGACACAAGGCAGCAUCUCAGUCAGUAGAGGAUUUGAUAACCGACAGUACAGACAAUGAAGAAGCGCAGCCUGUGAGUAUACCUGACGAGACGCAAGUCGAGACAACUGCCACAAAUCAAAAGCGAACUGUCCAAGAUGGUCGCGCCCUUAUGCAAGGUUCCACGUCCAACAUGUCGUCCAUAAUGAAUUUUUUGAAAGGAAACAUCGGUACAGGUCUUUUAGCAUUACCAUCAGCUUUCAAACAUUCAGGAUUGUGGGUUGGUUUUGCUGGUAUAUUGUUUCUAGGCUGCAUAGCUACACAUUGUAUGCACAUUCUUGUCAACUGCAGCCAUAAAUUAUGUGAACGAACAUCUUCAGUAACUAUGGAUUACCCUGAUGUCAUGGAGAACUGUUUGCAAACUGGACCACCUGUAUUUCGACGUUUUUCACGAGCAUUCAGCUUCUCUACCACUGACCUCGUGCCGAAAUCAUGUCUCCAGUAUUGUUUCUGUUUCCCUUUUCAGGUGAUUGAGGUUUUCCCUGUGGCUCAGUGGCACAGUAUUUCCUAUAUGUGGCUGAUCACCAUCUUUCUCAUCCCUUACUGUUUUAUUCGAAACCUAAAAACCUUGGCUGUCUUCUCAUUGUUGGCCAACAUCAUCACCAUCAUUGGACUGGUCAUCAUCUACCAGUAUAUCGUGCAGCAUCUCCAGCCAAUGUCACAGGUGCAGCUGUACACCAGUUUCUCCCAGUUACCUAUGUUCUUCGGCAUUGCUGUCUAUUCUUUUGAAGGUAUUAGUCUGGUUCUUCCAAUUGAAAACAAAAUGAGAAAUCCACAAGAUUUCCCCGGUUGGACAGGAAUUCUAAAUCUUGGAAUGACCAUUGUGGUCUGCCUCUAUGCAUCACUUGGCUUCUAUGGUUAUCUCGCUUUCUCUGACACUGUUAAAGGAAGUAUAACAUUAAAUCUACCAUCAGAUUGGUGGUACACAACUGUCAAGCUAUUAUUUGCUGUAGCUAUCUUCAUAUCUUAUGGUAUCCAGUUCUAUGUUCCAAUGAACUUAUUGAGUUCACCACUUCGAGAAAGGUUUGGAUCAAGCAAGUACAGUCAAAUAAUUGAUUAUGCCCUACGAGUCAUAUUAAUUUGUGCAUUAACUGGCUUUGCAUCCUGCAUUCCUCAUCUGGAUCUCUUGAUAGCACUGAUUGGAGCAUUUGCCAGCAGUGGAUUAGCACUAAUCUUUCCACCCAUCAUCGAGAUGAUCACUUACUCUGCUGAAGGUGAACAACUAACAAAACUGACAAUUGCGAAGAACAUUUUCAUCUUAAUCAUCGGUUUAACAGGGUUUGUGACAGGCACUUACAGCAGCGUGAAGGAAAUCAUCAAUGUAUUUUAAACUGCAGACAUUCAAAUUGUACAUAUGCUCAAUGACUGCGUGCGUUUUUAUGCAUACAUCUGCAUGCGUGGGUCUUACAUGGAACAUAGACCCGUUCGUGCAUAGAUAUUGACAAAUGUGCUCAUAAUUUUUUGUGAAUUAUGUGAACAUACAUACAUGUGCAUGCACUCAUGUGCACGUUGAUGAAUCUAUAACUAUUUUUUAAUGAAUAAAAUGUAUGCAUGCAAAUGAUUAUGUGUGUAUGUAUAUAUGUGUAUGUGUGUGUGUGUGUAUAUAUAUAUAUAUAUAUAUAUACACACACACAGACACACACACAUAUACAUACAUACACACAUAUAAUCAAUAUGUGUGUGUGUUGUGCAUAUGUGUUUGUAUAAACAUAUAGAAACUUUUAAACAUAUGAAAUAUAUUUUUAA